CAGCUCCACCGCUGUGCAGCCAUGGAGAACAGCAGCAGCAGCAGCAGCAGCUCUUAUUUUCACCUCGCCCUUUUCACAGACAUGGGCAGCGUGAGAUUCCUUUACUUCAGCCUGUGUCUCCUCGUCUACAUGAUCAUCAACUGCGCCAAUGUCGUCAUUAUCCUGACAGUGUGACGCUCCCUCCACCGGCCCAUGUACGUUUUCAUCUGCUGCCUGUCCUUCAACUCCCUGCGCGGCUCUGCCGGCUUCUUCCCCAGGUUUCUGUCCGACCUUAUGUCCGACGCCCACUUCAUAUCCCGCUCCGCGUGCUUCGUCCAGGUGUUCGUGUUGUACAUGUACGCCACCUGUGAGAUGGCCAUCCUCAGCAUCAUGGCCUACGACAGGCUCGUAGCCAUUUGCCAGCCUUAGCUCUACCGGAGCA